AUGUUGCUUUUUAUGACAGGCCUCUUACUGGGGUUGUCCAGUCAAGUAAGGGCACAGAAUCUUACAAGUGCACAUAUAUCCACCAUCAGUGAGCGACUGGCUCAGGGUGCAGUGCACAGUUGGGAGUAUGGAACGCGCGCCGAGGCUCUCCUGGAGCUCAAUACGCCGACAUACUCCGUCGUGUCUUUCAACGCCGUCCCGCCUCCCCGAAGCAUUCCAUCUAAUAUAACAAGUGCACUUGGCGAAGUGUUCACCAUUGCGCACAACAUUAUCGUCGCCCGAAGCUUGUCCAAUAUUAUUGGCCCCCAGCCCCUGAUUGCUGAUACGAGCGCAGGAGAUCCAGCAAGUAUUGGAGUUGCUGUGUUACUUGCUAACUGGACGGGACAGGGGGCCCUAGAUGGACUAGACUAUGCAGGGGCGGCGCGGGACCAACUCGACUACCUGUUUCAAAACGUGUCCAAGACCAGCGAUGGUGCCAUUUCUCACAUAGUGGACCAAUUGCAACUUUGGAGUGAUUCUGUGUACAUGGUCCCCCCUUUUUUGGCAUAUUAUGGUGUCCUGACACGAAAUCAGACCAUUCUGAGCGAGGCGUAUACACAGAUCAGAUUGUACCGAAAAUAUCUUCAAGAUGUGACGGCCGGCAAUUUAUGGAAGCAUAUACAACUUGGUCAGACAGGAAAUGACGAUGGGUACUGGUCGACAGGUAAUGCAUGGGCGGCGGCAGGCAUGAUACGGGUCCUGGGGACUAUUCAACGUUCCCCGUACGCGAAUUCGCUCAAGAGUCAACAGAACGACCUUGCCAAUUGGGCGGACGAAAUUCACCGAGCAAUGUAUUCCCACAUUAACUCCAACGGAUUGUUCUAUAAUUACGCUGACAAUGAUACCACGUUUUAUGAUGCCUCAUCAACUGCAUUACUGGCCAGCACGGUCUAUCGGUUGUCUCUCCUUGGCAACAUUCACACACACAUCCCCCUCGCUGAAAGGGCUCGCAAGGCGCUCUUAGCUUCUGUUGGCACCAUUGUUUCCGUCACCACUUCCUCAACAACACCAGCGCCAAGCACAACAUCCACCGCACUUCCCACAAUGGGCACAAACAUGCCUGGCCUGCUCCACUUCACGCCGGAAGGAUGGCUCACCCCUGUAGUGAAUCCAUACUCUUAUGGCGAGCAGGGCUCCGACAGUCCAGAGGGACAAGCGUUCAUCCUGGAGCUGCAGGCUGCGUGGCGUGACUGGGCAGCAGACGGGGCACAGGGUACAAAUAGCGCCCGCGAAGCUCGGCCUCAUGUCUUAAUGAUAGGAGCUAUAGUGGUCUUGCGGUUGAUGAUCGUCAUUGGCUAGAUAAGGUGUCGUCACGGACCAUUUAUUGCUAAUUUAUUGACACUCGUUUUUGUACUGAAGCGCAUAUUGUUUCAACCAGUUUGGAACCCUCACAAUACAGUUCAUACGAUAUGAUGCAUAUUACCUUUAUCUACAAGCUAGAGGAAAAACGUGGUGGUAUUUAUGGUGUCCAUUAUAAACGGGUUGCAAUAGGUAUAAUGAAUGAA